ACGCAUCAUGUCGACAGCUGGAGGCAAGAUCUACCUAGUGACGGGUGGCUGUGGGUUUCUGGGAAAACGUCUGGUGCAGAUGCUUCUGGAGAAGGAGCCUGACCUUGCCGAAGUGCGCGUCUUCGACUUGCAUCUGGAUGAAAGCAUGCAGCAGCUGGACAGAGAUAAGGUGAUUCUGAUCAAGGGAAAUAUUGGCAACUUGCAAGAAGUGGAGGCCGCCGUGAAAGGAGCCCAUGUGGUCAUCCACGCAGCCAGCCUGGUGGAUGUUUGGGGCCGGUUCCUGCCAUCGAAAAUCGGAGAGGUCAAUGUGCACGGAACCCAGAAUGUAAUCGAAGCAUGUGUGACCCAAGGCACCCAGUACCUGGUUUACACCAGCACCAUGGAGGUGGUGGGCCCUAAUGCCAAAGGAGACCCCUUCUACAGGAAAGACGAAGACUCCAAAUACGAAGUCAUUAACGACAAGCCCUACCCAGCGAGCAAAGCCAAGGCGGAGAAACUCGUCAUUGAAGCCAACGGACGGCCAAUCCAGGGUGGGAAGAAGCUGGUCACUUGCGCCCUCCGGCCGACGGGCAUCUAUGGGGAAGAACAUCCUCUGAUGAAGGAAUUCUAUGAGAAAGGGCUGGCCACAAAACGCUGCAUGAUCCGGACCAUCCCAGCCUCUACUGAGCACGGCAGGGUCUAUGUGGGCAACGUGGCUUGGAUGCACUUGUUGGCAGCCCAAAAGAUGCAGGAGACCCCCUUGGCCAUCGGGGGCCAGGUUUAUUUCUGUUACGAUGACUCGCCUUACAAAAGCUACGAGGACUUCAACAUGGAGUUCCUGGGGCCUUGUGGCUUCCGCCUCCUGGGCUCCCGGCCCCUUCUCCCCUUCUGGCUCCUCUACUGCAUUGCGCAUUUCAACGCCCUCUUGCAGUGGCUGCUGAAGCCCUUCUGCACCUACGCCCCCCUACUCAAUCCCUACACCCUGACGGUGGUGAGCACCACCUUCACGGUGAAGACCGACAAGGCCCAGCAGCAGUUUGGCUAUCAGCCCCUCCACACCUGGGAAGAGAGCCGGGACAGGACCGUCAAGUGGUUGAAAGAGAUAGAUGCCCAGAGGCAUGCUGGGAAAUAGCCAACUGAAACAGAGGGGGCAGGAAAUCCCAGCAGGAGAUUUAGGGGAAUGCAGCUGCGGGUGCUGCCACCACCUGAGUCGCUCAGCAAAAAUAUCUUUUCCCUCAAAAAUUUGCAAUUUUCUAUAUCUGGAGGAUAAGCUUGUGUCCAACUGUGAAUUAUGCUAUGCACUUGUCAGCAUUAAUUUCUGAAAACAUGGGGUCUGUGCACAUCCCCUUCAGGAUUAUUAAACCUAUCCCAUCUUACUUUCUUAUGCAAGCAUGUCAGUACCAUACAAUAGCAUAGCACUAGGUGCUGCAAAAUGCUGUUGUAUUGGGGUGCAGCCAAAGAACAAGGCAACCUUCCCGGGGGGGUUUUGUAGCACAUGAAUCUGCUUGGGGUAUCGGUCGAAUGCACCCAGUUCCUGAAUCCUCGCAUAAGUCUGGGAUUUCCUUUAGGCUCAUUAUAUGAAAUACCUGGUCCUCCGUUGGCCGGGUUGACUUCCACGUAUCACUGAGUCUUGCGCUGUUGUGCAACAAGCAGGCAUUCACAACUGGGCUGACAGCAAGAAAACCCAGUAGGGAUGGCUGAAGUCUGGAAUAUGCAGGAGAGACUGGCAACUAAUUCCUGGUUUUCCCUUCCAACAUCAUGCUGGGGGGAAAAAGCACAUCCAAAUAUGCCUGGAUUUGCCUUCUGUGCUGUGGUUCCAUCAGCAGACAAAAGUUUGGCUGCCUCCUCGAAUUCCACACAAGCGCAGAUUUGCACAGAGUCUGACCUUGAGACAUGGAGUCCUGAAAACCCUCCGCUUAACUAAAAAGCUAAGAGUCAGGUCUUCCUGGUGGUGGGGAUAUGUGUUGAAAAAUGCACUUGGCCAGAGCCUAAUUCCUGGUCAGGUACAAACCUACCUCCAACUCUCCGCCACGAUCCAAUCCCUGGUAUACGAUUUCACGUGUCAUAAAAUAAAUCUCUCUUGUUGCUGAAAUAACCUCUGAUAGAGCCUAAUGGCAAGGGGAUUGCAGGCCUUGCCUGUGUCUCCCUUUCUCUCUUGGAUAGUGUUCCAUACACCUCCGUCUUCACGUGCACAUAAUGCAUUCCAACCUCUUGAUCAUUGCAUUGUUCCACUGUUGUUGGCUUUUAAAGGACAAUAUAAGUUAGGCAGAAACUGACAGAUUGGUGGCAGUGGGCAUGAGGCUAGGUGGCUGUAAAAGACCAGUGACCGGCUGCAGAAAGGUCUCAUUGGCACCUCCAUGUGCAGUGAAGACCUUUGAUGCUUAGGCUCUGGGGCCAAUCACUGCAGAGGCUGCCGUCUUCACCAGCUCCCUGUGGCUUUCGGUGUGCUUCAGAUGCCUGAUGAAACAGACUCUCGCUCUGCUCUUCUUUACGUUCUUUGAGGGAUUCCGAAUGAGCCCCUUGGAUGUGACUCCUCAGCAGACAUUCUUUUGAGGGCAGGAUGGCAUUUUUUAGGACACAGCAUGCCUCAUUCCGAGGUGCACGGCUUGAAUGAUAUGGAAUAUGGAGCCGCGUGCAUCUCAACAGCGUGGUCUGUGCACGUAUGCUCAUAAAGUCUCUAUGUGCCUCGUUCUGCAGAAGCCCUGAUCCAAUGAGAUGGAUGGAGUCCAAUUCUUGUUUUUAUGAGGCUGCACAUUAGUUAAUGAGAGCCGGUUUGGUGUAGUGGUUAAGUGUGCAAACUCUUAUCUGGGAGAACCGGGUUUGAUUCCCCACUUCUCCACUUGCAGCUGCUGGAAUGGCCUUGGGUCAGCCAUAUCUAUCGCAGGAGAUGUCCUUGAAAGGGCAGCUGCUGUGAGAGCUCUCUCAGCCCCACCUACCUCACAGGGUGUCUGUUGUGGGGGGAGAAGACAUAGGAGAUUGUAAGCCGCUCUGAGUCUCUGAUUCAGAGAGAAGGGCGGGAUAUAAAUCUGCAGUCGUCUUCUUAAUCCAGUCCUGUGUAAGUGAUCCAUUUCCAGGACAUGCUCAUGCCACAGUGCUUUCUUUCCAUUGCCUUCGAUAGCCAGCAUGAUGUAGCAGUUAAGAGCAGUGGACUCUGAACUGGAGACCUGGGUUUAAUUCCCCACUCUUCCUCACAUGAAGCCAGCCGGGUGACCUUGGGCCAGUCACUGUUCUCUUAGAGCUCUCUCAGUCCCACCUACCUCACAACAAGAUGCCUGUUGGGAGGAGCAGAAGGGAAGGUGAUUGUAAAGCACUUUGAGAUUCCUCAACAUAGAGAAAAGGGGGGGUAUAAAAACCAACUCUUCUUCAUCUUCUGCUCUUCUUGACCAAUCUACAUCGUUCCUCCCCCAUCACGGCAAUGUGAAUAUAUCCCAAGGAUACAUUCCAGUGUUGUCAUCCAAUCCCAGUAUUUCCUUCUUAUCUCUGAAUCACUGCUGUUGUCUGGUCUGUUUCCAGAGCUCCACAUCUACAUUUCAAUUUUUACCCCGCCAGUCAAUUGACUGGGCAAACAGACUCUACUUGUUAUGACAACUCGAAGGAAUGUAUUUUUCAUUUUACAAAUCCUGCUGUCUUACAACAAAGGCUUAUUGGUGAUGGCGUUCAUGCAGUGGAAAUGAGACCGGAGAACUGACAACUGUGGCAGAGUUCUGCCUGAGGCCAGGGGAAUCUUUGCUUUGAAAUGCUGAGGCUGAGAUCCUGAGAUGCAAGGGGUGGGGCCUAGCAGGGGACCUGACCAAUCAGAAGAGCUUAAUUGUGUUUUGUGCUUCAGGGUGGAGCCUGAGAAGUAUGAGGUGAGCUAAUUGUUUGUAUCCUACCAUAUUUUUCUACUGGUGAAAUAUGAAAGAUGGGGUUCUUUCUGAUCACUGAAAAGGCUAUGCUAGGCACCAUGGGUCUCCCUCCCCCAUGGAUAAAAGUAAGUGGACUGUCCGGAGGAAGGGGAUUGAGUGGGAAAUGUGUCAAGACACGGUCCAGUAAUUCAGGGGUGGCCAAUGGUAGCUCUCCAGAUGUUUUUUGCCUACAACUCCCAUCAGCCCCAGCCAUCGUGGCCAAUGGCCAGCCAGCAUGGCCAAUGGCUGGGGCUGAUGGGUGUUGUAGGCAAAAACAUCUGGAGAGCUACCGUUAGCCACCCCUGCGGGUAAUUCUUCACCCUGAGGUUUUAACUCCUUCCCCUGGAGACCCUGGGGAGGAUGCUGAAACUUCACGUGUAACCCUGUGAGCUGGCAGCCCUAAAGAGAUCAAUAAUAUUCCUUUGAGCUCACUCGUAUGUAUUAGACGGAGAGUCUGUUCUAGACUUGUAUGAAACAUAAAGGCACAUUCCUUGGAACAGCGCUUAUUGGUUGUAUAGAGUUUUAUUAAUUUAAGUAUUAAGUGAUUAAAGGAAUAUCUUACCAAUGUG